CGCUGACACGCCCCUCACACGCCCACAGUCUUCCGUCUCGAUCCCCUUCCCAUCCCAUCUACGCCCAUCGACGGCGCUUCUCUCGCCGACGGCGCAUCUUCUGUCCAUAGUCCAGCGUCACGUUCAUCUCCGUCUCGUUCUCGACCUUCUCUCCGCCGCCAACGCCGCAUCUCACCAUGCGUCGCGGCUUCCUCGUCUCGACGCCGCGCCGCGAAGCCGCUCCUUCUGCGGCCGCGGCUCCAGCAGGCCCCAGCUCGCCUGCAACUGGCGCAGCUUCGGCGGCUGCGGCCUCUUCGACCGCCGGCGGCAGCGGCACGCAGCCGUUCGUCCUGCGUCGCGGCUUCCUCGUGCCUGAGUCUCGCGCUGGCGCCGGCCCGACGCCUGCGGCAGCUCGUACUGGCGCAGCAUCGGCUAGCGCAGCGGGCCCGACCCAAGCCUCCGCCAGCUCAGCCUCGAGCACGGCGCCGCGUUCAGGCGCGACCCAGAGUGCGCCGCCCGUCAUUCCCUUUGCGAUCGCCGAGGGUCUGAGCCUCGAGCCCGCUGCUGUGCUGUCACGCUUCAAGAACCGCGUGCGCGCGCUCCAAGCACGCUCAACGAGCAUGAGCAUGGACGACUACCCGUGGCCGUCGCCGGUCACCGAGUAUCGCCACAUCGAAGUGAACGAUGUGCACCCGCUCCUGCGGCACAUCAACGGCUCCGGUUUCGGGCCCAUCAGAGAGCUGCACAUUCCCUUUCCCGAGUCCAAGCGCGUCCUCAAGCUUCGGCCCGAGCUUGCUCACCGUGCCCGGCUCAACGCCGAAGUCGCCGAGGCAAUGGCCGAGCUUCCCCUGGCGAGGGACCGGCGCGACUAUGCCAGGGGCAUUGAGGUCAUCAACAUCGAGCUGUUCAAGGGCGGCUGCGGCAUCGUCAAUCCGCCGUGGGCGAAGGAGUUCGGAUCGAGCUACAUCUGCCCGAUCCUGCUGCACUACAACUCUAAUCCCGCCGGGCUCGACGGCCCCAUGUUCCACGUCGAGUUCCAUGCGCCCAACACCGGCCUCGCCUAUGCUCCGAAGCGUCUUGCAGGACCUCCGAUCCGCUCGGUGGUGCCGGCUGGCAUUGCGAUGGUCGAUGCGGACCCUGCCGACACGAACAUCUUCUUCCACCAGAUCGUCUACGAAAUGCUCGACGCAGCCGGCCUUGACCCGCCGCUGCCGCACCUCUACAGGCCCGAUCUCGUCCAUCUCCAGCUGGCGCCCAGGAUGUUCAAGCCGAUCGUCACCCCUUGGCCGUCGUUCACGUUUGCCUCGAACGACAUUGCCACCUCGUGGGCAGCUGCCGAAGGCUGGCAAGCUGCGUCUGGCUCGUACUCGCCGGGAAAGGACUAUGAGCCUGGAUGGUGGGCUGCGGACGAGUCGAGCGAGCAUCGCUACCAGACCGAGCUCUACUUCGCCUCGCUCUUCUCGCCUGCAGCGGCGCGAGACGCUCUUCACCGCCUAGGGCUCAACCCAGCGAAGAAGGCAGUCUAUUUUCGUUGGCACUGCCUUUGUCUACUCGUCGAGGGCGCGACGCGGCUUCGUUCGGACGGCUUUCUGGAAGCGGCUCUGCCCUUGCGUCUGCCUAGCACCAAGCUCGAUGACCCGUGCGGUCUCACCGUCGAGAGCGAGUCGUCUGUCUGGGUGCCGCUCUUCACGGCUCAUGCUCGUCGAGGCAUGCUGAGCUCGGGGCCGUCCGUUUCGCAGCGUCUGUUUCACAUGCACACCGUCGUCCUUUCCAGCAUCCUGUCCACCGGCUUCUAUCCUCCGACGCACGGCGAGCAGGAAGUGUUUCUGCGCCGAGAGCCUGAUGCCGAGAGUGCCUCGCCGCUGUCCGGUCCUCCCAAGAAUGAGACGACACACGUCCACACCGUACGACCUGCGCGCGCCGGCAAGCCUGCCGUGAAGCUCGUCGGACGCAGCGACGACCGCCUUCUCAUCACCAGCGCCGACGCCGAGUUCGAGGGCCCUUAUCUCGGCCACGGACGUGCUGCGGUGCGUCGAUUCUCCCUCGCCGUGGCAGACGCCGCCAAGAUCCAGGCCCUUCUUCGUCUGCCGGCCUACCGCCGCCUGAUCAGCAGCGAGCAGCGCGCCAGAGACAUCACGCUCCUCUCCAUCCUCGAUGCCUCGAUCCGAAUCGUCCAGGAUCCCGUCUCUUCCUUCUUUCCUCUGUCUCAGUUCGAGGCCUUGCGCAAGCAUGCUCGUGAAGGGCUGGCGUCGGACGCCGCGAACGGCAUCGACCCAGCCACACGUUACAAGAAGACCGACGCCCCUGAGGCACAGAGCGACGGCGUGUCUCCGCCCGGUCCGACACGUGCGGCUUCUUCCUCUCACGACGUCGACGAUCAGACGGCGUCUUCCGCUCCGGCAGCCCCUGCACUGCCGGAGGAGAAAGUAGCCGAUCCUCACGCCAGCGCCAGUGAUGCCGCUCUCGUCGAUGUCCGCAGCGUCGCCGCCGACAGCGGCGCUGCUGCCGCCGGCGCUUCCGAGCACGUGCGUACUCGCCGAGCCUCUGUGCCGGCCUUGCCCUCGCAGGCCCCGCCGCCGUUGGAGGUCGACGCGGCUGCAUCCCCGGCCACCUCCGAGCCGCACGGCCUCCCGAUGCUUGCAGCCGCGCCUCCUCCUGGUGAUGAAGCAUACAUCGAGCUCACCCCCGACUUCCUGCGGGCUGCUGCUGAGGCGUUGGGCCCAGCGCUAUCCUCUGCAAUGGAUCUCACCAGCGCUAUGCAAGUCGCUCCAGCACGUCCUGCGCUCCAACAUCAAAUCGCGGCCAGUCCUGGCAAGCUGUCAGCCCGGCUCUGGCGCAAGUUGCCAGCCGAGAUCAAGGUUCUCAUCCUAGAGCACUGGCUCGACACUCCGCCCGAGCCUCGCGUUUUCAGGAAGAGCGAGGCUCGCCGCCGCGCACUGCUGCUGGCGCAAGUUGGCAACAAAGCUCUCCUCGCGCUUGCGCGUCAGCGUCUGUGGAGCCGACCGGACAUUGCGUGGGAAAGAGCGAAGAAGGGCGCCAGAGGCUCUGCGCUCAGGCUGCUGCGAACCCAGGCGCCGCUCGCGCCGGCUAUCAUGCCGAUCGUCAAGCAUCUCAACAGACCCAUGCCCAAGGGCGCAGAAGAUGACUUGGAGAAAGUCGAGACGCUCGCACGAUCCGUCAUGCGCGACUUCCCCGCCCUGCGCACGCUCGCUCUGCAGAGCACGACAAACGACUGGCCCGUCUCGCUGCUGCUCGAGCGUCCAGAGGGAGGCGACGUCACGCGCAUGUCUUUCUACGGCUCCCACUUCCGAUCUCUCCGACCGCUCCUCCUCAACUGCAGCUGCAGCUCACCGGAGGGCGACGGCGGCGACACGCCAUGCGCGCGCAAGUACCCCUUCCAGCAGCUGGAAGAGCUCUCCUUGACGGUCUGGGACCUCUGCACGGCCGCCGUCGAUGCGAUCCUGCACACCCUCACUCCGCUGCUGUUCUGUCCGCCGGCUCGUCUUCGCUCGGUGAUCCUCCGCGUAGCACGCCACGACCGGUACAAUGGCACCUUCGGCGUCGCGUCCGAUGACCGUGCCGACUCCUGGCAGCGUCUUCUCUGCUUCGCGCACAAGCAGAACGAGACGCCGUUCCAUCUCUCGGAUUUCAGCGGGCAGCGGACGUGCUCGGGUGGUCAGACCAACCCUGGCCCCGUCAGGAUCUACGUGACGGACCUCACCGGUGUCGAUGAGACGAUCUCGCCCGCCAAGACGUCUGCCCGCAUGGCGCAGAGCGAGCAGCGCUCCAUCGCGCUCGGACAGCCGUCCGUUUGGUCAUUCAGCGAGCACGUCAACGCCACGCUGCCCGACCACGAGGGCGAGCGCAUCCUCGCCUCUCUCUGGGUCCCCGACGGCGAUGAGGGUCGCUUCCUUAACGAUGCCAGCGAGCUAGACGCGUGGGUCUCGCUCGAGGAGGACCCGGACCGCUGCGAGCACCCCGAGGUGGGCCCGGAGCAUGAUGCAUCCCCGCCGGCGUCGGUGCAGGCCGCGUGCGCCGACGGCUGGACCGUGGGCAUCCGCUGUGUGCCCACCCUCGCCGGCCACAGGCGCCACAUCACCACGGAGAUCACCAUCAACUCAACGGUCUGUGCGUGCGGCAUGGUGCACUAGCUGCGCCGGCUCCGCCGCGUCAGCCGCGAGCGAGAGCCGUUCGGUGGCCGCGGGCAGUUCCCGCCGUGCACGUCGUCCCAGGCCCGCUCGCUUUCCGCUGCCGUCUUUGGCGGCGAGCGAGAGCCGUUCGACAGCGCGCCGCCGUGCACGUCGUCCCAGGCCCGCUCUCUUCCCGUUCCCUGUCUUGUCACGACCGUCUUGUCCCUCUUACCUCACGCGAUGCAACCCUC